AUGCUGCGGAUCCUGUUUCUGGCACUCUGCGGCCUGCUGACCCACACCCGAGCUGACCCCGGGGCACUGCUGCGGCUGGGCAUGGACAUCAUGAACCACGAGGUGCAGAACGCCAUGGAUGAGAGCCACAUCCUGGAAGAGAUGGCAGCUGAGGCGGGCAAGAAUCGGCCGGGGGUGAAACCCAUCAAGGGCAUCACCAAUCUGAAAGUGAAGGAUGUGCAGCUGCCUGUCAUCACAUUGAACUUCAUCCCUGGGGUGGGCAUUUUCCAAUGUGUGUCCACCGGCAUGACCAUCACUGGCAAGAGCUUCAUGGGUGGGAACAUGGAGAUCAUCGUGGCUCUGAACAUCACAGCCACCAACCGGCUUCUGCAGGAUGAGGAAACGGGCCUCCCCAUGUUUAAGAGCGAGGGCUGUGAGAUCAUCCUGGUCAGCGUGAAGACCAACCUGCCCAGCAACAUGCUGCCUAAGGUUGUCAACAAGUUCCUGGACAGCACCCUGCACAAAGUUCUUCCGAGCCUGAUGUGUCCAGCCAUCGACGCGGUCCUGGUGUAUGUGAACAGGAAGUGGGCCAAUCUGAAUGCCCCCAUGCCCGUGGGUCAGAUGGGCACAGUCAAAUAUGUCCUGACGUCCAUACCGACCACCACGGCCAGCUACAUCCAAGUGGACUUCGGUCCUACGGUGCAGCAGCGAGAGGGCAACACCAUCCAGCUUGCUGAUGCUGGGGAGGCCUUCGAGUUCCCUGAGGGCUAUGCUGAAGGCUCCUCACAGCUGCUGCUCUCGGCCGCCUUCCUCACCGCAGAGCUGGCCCUUCUGCAGAAGUCCUUCGAUGUGAAUGUCCGUGAUAUGAAGAUUGGUCAGCUGCCCCCACAAACCACGAAGACACUGGCUGGCUUCAUCCCUAAAGUAGCUAAGGCCUAUCCCAAGCCGAAGCCCUUGGUGACCCAGAUCAGGAUAAACAAGCCCCCCAAGGUCACCAUGAAGACAGGCAAUAGCCUGCUGCAUCUCCAUGGCACCCUGGAGAUGUUUGCUGCUCAGCGGCGGGGCAAGGCUCCUGUAUCCCUCUUUCUCCUGGAAAGUCACUUCAACCUGAAAAUCCAGUACUCAGUUCAUGAGAAUCGUCUGCAAAUGGUCACCUCUCUGGACAGAUUACUGAGCCUGUCACGGGAGUCCUCAUCGAUUGGUGCUUUCAACGAGAAGAAGUUGACUGGCUUCAUCACUGAUUAUCUCCAAGAAGCGUACCUCCCAGUCAUCAAUGAUGCACUCCAAGUCGGGCUCCCACUUCCAGACUUUCUGGACAUGGAUUACAACCUGGCAGAGCUGGGCAUAGUAGAGAAUGCCCUGGUGCUGGACUUGAAGUUGAAAUGA